AAAGGUGAGUGAGGCUGGGCCUGCAGAGCUGGACAGUACAUCAUGAGGCUGCUGAUCUCACUGGGCCUGCUGUGGAGCUUGGUGAGCACACCUUUGGCCUCCAAGUGGCCUGAGCCUGUGUUUGGCCGCCUGGUGUCCCCUGGCUUCCCAGGGAAGUAUGCCGACAAUCAGGAGCAGUCCUGGAAGCUGGCUGCACCCCCCGGCUACCGUCUGCGCCUCUACUUCACCCACUUCAACCUGGAGCUCUCUUACCGCUGCGAGUAUGACUUUGUCAAGUUGAGCUCAGGGGCCAAGGUGCUAGCUACACUGUGUGGGCAGGAGAGUACAGAUACUGAGCAGGCACCUGGCAAUGACACCUUCUACUCACUGGGUCCUAACUUGGAGGUCACCUUCCACUCAGACUACUCCAAUGAGAAGCCAUUCACAGGAUUUGAGGCCUUCUAUGCAGCAGAGGAUGUGGAUGAAUGCCGAGGGUCUCCGGAAGAAGUCCCUUGUGACCAUUAUUGCCACAACUACCUGGGCGGCUACUACUGCUCCUGCAGAGUGGGCUACGUUCUCCACCAGAACAAACACACCUGCUCAGAGCAGAACCUCUAACCUCUCUCAGCUCCAGCCUGCCCAUCCCAAUGGGUCAGAUGUCAGUGCAUGCCCACAUGCUUCAGCUCUGUGUCAGGACGGAAUGGCUGCCAGCUACAGCAACCAUCCACUGUACCCAUAACAAUAAUAAACCUGCCUCC